CUCGUCGCCAACUUGCGGCUGCGACCACACACUGCUUCUUCAAUUCUUCUGACAUGAUACUAUAUAAUUCCAACAUGACCUUUCACUUCAUAAUCACUUUAUGACCCAAGUCUAUAUCACUGGCCUUCUUUCUCUCGUUAGUGCACGACCCUUUUCCGAUGUCUACCUAGGUUAGGAUCGACAUCGCGAAGCCGUCUCUGGCUUCGUGCACCGCCUGCCAAUAUGAAGGAGAUCAAACCCAUCAAACCCAUCAAACCCAUGAGCAAGCAGACAGGCAACAUUGUGACGGCUCGCAUCAUUCCUGUCUUUCUUGUCGCCAUUCUUGGCUAUGCUUCUUACGCCGUCACCCUAGUCAUUGGUAUCGAUUACCUGCUCAACCCGGCACCUUCCCUCCCUACCUCCAUUCGGCCCCGGACUGGCACCGCCAUUGCCAUCCUCACCAUCUAUUACCUGCUCCUAUUGAUGUUGUUGAUAUGUCUGGGCCGACUCCUUUAUACUGUCACUGAAAAUCCCGGGCUCGUGCCGCGAGGCGGACAAUACUACGUUGAAAAAGAGCGUGCCCUGUCCAAGUCGUCCGAAAAUGACAAUCAUGAAUAUAACAAAGAAGCGCGGCUAUCUGACUCCUCCCAUGACCACCCAGGCUAUACAUCACGUCACCUGCGACGGCUCAGAAGGGACUCCAAGUCCGACAGCAGGAUCCAAGCAGAGCGCUUUUGGCACAAGGACGCCUUCAUUUGCGGCUAUGAUGGUAGGCCACCUUUCUGCUCUACUUGCUACAAUUACAAGCCAGACCGUGCCCAUCACUGCAGUGAACUCGGUCGCUGUGUGAUAAAAAUGGACCACUUCUGCCCAUGGGUUGGUGGCAUUAUUUCCGAAACUUCCUUCAAAUAUUUCAUCCAAUUCACCUUUUGGGCCGCCGUGUUUUGCCUAUACAGUAUGAUCUUCACGUCAUAUUUCUAUGCCACGAGAAGGCGAGAACAACCUGGAUUCAUCAAUGUGCACUGGAUCUUGAUCAUAGUUCUUGCGACCCUCUUUUUCUUGUUUACGGCUGGUAUGUGUGGCAGCAGCCUACAGUUUGCUUUCAUCAACUCGACGACCAUUGAGAAUUUCAAUCGCAAGUCAAAGAUCUGGUAUGUGGCCGUCUGGGUGCCUAAUAGCGUCUUGACCCGAUAUCAUGAGCAGCGGAGAGACGACUUGAGAUUGAUCAGUUACCCACGCCCACCUGCAGAGCAGUUUCAGUCACUCAGAGUGACUCGGGGUGCUGAGGGAGAUGAAAGCCUGACGAGCGUUGCGUCCAACGAACCAAAUCAAGCGAGGAGUCUGAGCCGGGACGAGACUGUGGAUGCGAACAAAGAUGCUCUGGACAACGUCGGUGCUCAAACACAACAACCGCAGCCACCAAGGCCAAUAUAUGACCCUCAGUCGGCAUCGCUUUUUCCUCCUCAUCCGGCAGUUGCCCGUACCACACCACCUGUAUCUCGCGGUGGCGAUGAUAACACAGGGGCAUCUGCAGAACGGUUUAAAGCUCAAUAUCAACCAGCGGUCCGUACCUUUGCCAUCCUGGAAACCGAAGCAGGCGCCAAUCCCUUUGACCUAGGCUCAUUCGCCAACUUCAAACAAGUCAUGGGCAAUUCUCUAUUCGACUGGUUACUACCCCUCCGUGCACCGCCGCUGACUGAUCACUCCGACCCAACUGGCUUCUAUCAAUUUGGGCCAGUGCUCAAGUCGUUGAGGCAAGAAGUCGGGAUCGAAUGGCAGGAGGAUGAGACCGAAGAAGGUCAGGUGAAGGGAACUCAUCGAUCUCGUCGUCAUCGGAAACAUGACCGGCGACGAAAGAAGACACGAGACGCUGAACAUCCACAUCGCAAUAGGAGUCGACGUGGUCGGCAUGCUGACGGUGCCUAUGGCACUGACAACACGCUGGAAGGGAGAGGCAAGCCUGAUCAUCGAUCAUGACGGGGAACAGUAGGGAAAGACACUGUCCGUUUUCAGUUUGUCCUAGCAUAUUAGCGUAGCAUUUUGAAUUUGAUUGGAAUAAAGUCAAGCAUGCGUGGGCAAUGUCAUUCA